UGCGCAGUGGCCUCAGUUCCCGUGUGAUCAGUGUUGUAAAAAGUAAAUAUUGGCAUUAUUGUACAUUGUUGAUUGAUAAUUAUGAGCAGUGUAUGGUGAACAGAAGUAUGCUCAUUACUUCUUAUUUCAAAACUGUUAGAUAACAAUAUAGUUCUAAAGUGAUAUAUAGGCCUAUGCUACGAUUUACCUGAAAACGAUUGAUCCGAUAGAAAAAAACAAAAACAAAAAACAAAAAACAAAAACUGAUAUAGAAUGCUGCAUUAUCAAAUGAAGUGAUCAGCUUUGGAAAGAUGCAGUGAGAGCCACAAAAAACAUCCGAAGUCAACGCAUGACGUCACUGGCCACGGGGAGAUUUCGCAAGGAAAUGAAGAUCAACUGGGCAACGUCGCCCGGGUCGCAGGGCAAAGUCGACACAAGCAAACACUACCACAUCUUCGUCGGUGACCUCAGCCCAGAGAUCGAGACCCACACCCUGAGAGAGGCCUUUGCACCCUUCGGAGAAAUAUCAGACUGUCGUGUGGUUCGCGACCCACACACCCUCAAGUCCAAGGGUUACGGAUUCGUUUCCUUCGUUAAAAAAGCGGUGUGCUUCGUGUCCAUCCUUCAGUUCAGAUAUAGGGUCACGUCCGGAGGCCCUCGGAGACUGUGGGUCCACGUGUUUGGUUUCAGUCACGUCGCGUCGGAGAUCUUCCUCGCCUCUUUACCUCCUGCGAUUCAUCUCGUCCGGCAGAUGAUACAGAUUAUGCAGAUAACAUAG